UUUUGGUAUAAAUACGACACCCGAAAUACAAAGGAGCAUAGAAAGCAUUUUGUGCUCAAGUGAUCAAAAUCAAAAACAAUCAUCCAAAAUGAAAUUCGCCAUUGUUAUGUUCGCCCUCAUCGCCGUUGGCUCAGCCGCUAUUCUUCCAGGAGGUGAUGCUAGCGCCGAAACUGUCCGAAGUGAAUCCAAUGUUGGAACAGACGGAUUCCAAUAUGCAUACGAAACAUCAAACGGAAUCAAAGCCGAAGAACAAGGUCAAUUGAAGACCAUUGGAACAGAACAAGCUAUCGUCACACAAGGUUUAUACUCAUGGAUUUCUCCAGAUGGUCAAACAUUCACCUUGAAAUUCGUUGCUGAUGAAAAUGGUUACCAACCCGUCGCCGAUCACUUGCCAGUUGCUCCAGCUUCUUCCAAAUAAAUUCUGCAAUUUGAGAAGCAACACUU